AUGUGUGUGUGUGUGCCAGUGUGUGUGAAGCCAAAGAGUGUGCGCCCACCAACACUCCUCCAAAAUGCAUUUGAAAAUGUAAAGAAAAUUAUGAAAUCUCAUGAAAAAAUGACGCAAACGAAAAUGCAGACAAAAAGGAAGUGCCACAAACAAGGAAAAGAUAAAGAACAGCAGCAAGAGAGAGACAAGAAAUGAGACAAUUGAAAAGAAAACAUUUGUGUGAACUAAUAGAUCGUAGUGAAAAUAUAUCGAGAACGCGAAAGAUGCAGUCCCAUUUGCUGCCAACUUCACUACUUCUAAUAGUGUUCGCCUUGGAGUUAGCGGCAGGAUCAGUGGCAGCAUUAGAGUCCUCGCGCAUCGAGUUGCUGGCGCCACGAGGACGCAGUUAUGCCACAACGUAUGAGCAAUAUGCCGCCUUUCCGCCACGUCGUCGCAGCUCAUCGCCGAACGGAGGAGGAUCGUCGGGGGAGAUGCAAUCCCGGGCCGUGGACACUAGUGCCGAUUUCGAGGUGCUAGAGGGACAGCCUCGUGGCACUUUGGUCGGUUUCAUACCGACUAAACCAAAAUUUACCUAUCGCUUUAAUGAACCACCGCGGGAAUUCAUACUGGACCCCAUAACGGGCGAGGUGAAAACGAAUGCCGUGUUGGAUAGGGAGGGCAUGCGGGAUCAUUACGAUUUGGUCGUGCUCUCCUCGCAGCCCACCUAUCCCAUCGAAGUGCGUAUUCAGGUCUUGGAUAUUAACGAUAAUGCUCCAGAGUUCCCAGAGCCCAGCAUUGCGGUCUCGUUCUCAGAGAGCGCCAUGGCUGGCACUCGAUUGCUAUUGGAUGCCGCCACCGAUGCAGAUACUGGGGAGAACGGUGUGACCGAUCAGUAUGAGAUUGUCGAUGGCAAUGUCGAUCAUAAAUUUCGUCUGGUCACCACCACAAAUCCCAGCGGGGAUACGUCCUAUUUGCAUUUGGAGACAACGGGUAACCUGGAUCGCGAGUCAAGGGGCUAUUACAAUUUGAAUAUAUCAGCGAGAGAUGGGGGAUCACCGCCUCGAAUGGGCUACCUGCAGGUGAAUGUAACCAUUCUGGAUGUGAAUGACAAUCCACCGAUCUUCGAUCACAGUGAUUACAGUGUCAAUCUGAAUGAGACUGUGCAGCCAGGUACUCCGGUCUUGACUGUAAUGGCAUCCGAUAGUGAUAUGGGUGAUAAUGGAAAGCUGACCUAUUAUCUGGCCGAAACGGAGCAUCAGUUCACGGUGGAUCCUGAAACGGGUGUUAUUUCCACCACAGAGCAUCUGAAUUGCCCUCGCACCAGUCAAACGAGUGGACUAAAGAUUCAAAAGAGUUGCGUUUUCACCGUGUUUGCUCGCGAUCACGGCUCACCACGUCAGGAUGGACGCACGUAUGUCACAGUCAAUCUACUGGAUACCAAUGAUCAUGAUCCAAUUAUACAAUUUCAAUACUUUCCACCCACCGGCAAGACGGCAACAGUCGAUGAGAAUGCCGCCAAUGGCACUGUAGUGGCUGCCGUCUCUGUGAUUGAUUCGGAUGAUGGGCCCAAUGGGGAGACCAUCACUCGCCUGGUCUCUGGCAAUGAGUUGGGUCACUUUCGUUUAGACAAGACUCCACUCUUUCACAUAGUCCGUGUCAACGGAGUUUUGGAUCGUGAAGAGAUUAGCAAAUACAAUCUGACAGUGGUGGCUCUGGAUGGCGGGAUACCGGCACGAUCGGCCACUGCCCACUUGAUAAUCGAUGUCAACGAUGUGAAUGAUCAUGAGCCAGUGUUUGAGAAAUCCGAAUAUACAGCAGUGCUUAGCGAAUUGGCUCCGAAGGGAAGUUUUGUGGCCUCCAUUGCGGCAACGGAUGAGGAUACCGGAGUCAAUGCUCAGAUUCAUUAUGAAAUCUUAUCGGGCAAUGAACUCAAAUGGUUUACCAUGGACUCGGCCACAGGCCUCAUUGUCACAUCGGAACCCCUGGAUAGAGAGGUGCAGGAUAGUGUGGAAUUGAGUAUAUCGGCACGUGAUGGGGGACCGAAUCCAAAAUACGCUUACACCCAACUCAAGGUGACUAUUCUAGAUGAGAAUGAUGAGGCGCCACAAUUUGGGCCGCACCAGCAGAUCAAUGUCACUCUUAGUGAAGACGCACCGCCUCAGAGUGUAAUUACCACGUUAAUGGCCACCGAUCAUGACCAGGGUACGAAUGGAUCUGUCUCCUAUCAAUUGGCACCCAACAUGGAGCGUUUGUAUCCCCAGCAAUUUGCUAUAGACUCCAUAACAGGCCAAUUAACAACGCGCCAUACACUCGAUCGUGAGACAAUGGCGAAUUAUGAAAUUCUGGUGAUUGCACGCGAUCAGGGAGCACCCAUACCGCAAUCGGCCACAGCUACUGUUUACCUCAGCGUGGCAGAUAUCAACGAUAACAGCCCAGAGUUUUAUCCCAAACAUUAUAUCUACACGCUUAGCAGCGGCUCCGAUUCGGAGAGGGGAAAGUCUCUGUUGAAUGUCACGGCCACUGAUCUGGACAAUGAUAAGGAAUCGAUUGCCUACACUCUCGAAUCAGGUGGCGAGGGUCUCUUCCAUGUGGAUGCCAGUACGGGCUCUGUGCAGCUUCUCGCUGGCCAUGGCCAUGGCAGCGAUCUAAUGUCUCACUAUAGGCUCACCAUUUCGGCUCGCGAUGCCGGCCAACGUCGCAGUGCCCAGGAUGCCAUUGUGCAUGUGGUUGUGAGAACGAAAACCGAAAUUCUUGAGUGCAGUGUCUCUAACCCCUCCUCUUAUGAGUUUCAUAUUGUUGAGGAUCACGAGUUGCAGCCACCUCAAUUGGGUCGCGAGGUGGGAGUAGUACAGGUAAAGGGCUCUGCUCUGGACUACAUCAUCUUGCAAGGCGACAAAAACGAGAACUUUGCCAUCGAUCGCAAAUCUGGACGUUUAACCACGGCACGACCCAUCGAUCGCGAAGCUCAAGCCAGUUAUCAGUUAAUCAUAUUAGCCAGCAGUCCCGAUUUUUCCAGUUACGGCAAAUGCCUGGUCCGCAUUUCCGUUAUUGAUGUUAAUGAUAAUGCACCCAGCUUUGCCCAGGAUCUUCCCAGUAUGUUGAUAUCAGUGCCCGAAAAUACUGCUGUGGGUCAAGAGAUCUAUCUACCACGUGUCAGAGAUCGCGACACGGGCAAUAAUAAUCGCAUUACCUACAAUCUAACCCACAAUCCGAAUGAACUAUUUCGUAUUAGCUCAGUCACGGGAGUAUUAUACUUGCAGCGCCCCAUACGUUCGGAGCCAAACUCCAUUUUAAGUGUCGAGCUAAUGGCCACAGAUGGAGGCUCUCCUCCGUUAUUUGGUAAGCUCUCGCUCUCGAUAGCCAUAGUCGAUGUAAAUGAUCAUACUCCAGUGUUUGAUCACACAUCGUAUGAGACCUCGUUGCUGGAGUCCACAAAGGUGAAUGCUCGCUUCUUUGGACUGGCUGCCUCGGACAGCGAUGUGGGUGAGAAUGCUCGCAUUUCGUAUUCCAUUAUUGAGGGGAAUGGCGAUAAAGUCUUUGGCAUCUUUCCCGAUGGCUAUCUCUUUGUACGCUCUCCAUUGGAUCGUGAGGAGAGGGACUAUUAUGCUUUGACCGUUGCCUGUGAAGAUGCUGGUUAUCCAUCGCGUUCCUCCCAGGUGCCAGUGGUUAUUCAUGUCCUCGAUGAAAACGAUAAUGCGCCACAGUUUACAAAUAGCACGUUCACAUUCAGCAUUCCGGAGAACGCACCGGCUGACACCUUCGUGGGCAAACUCACGGCCGUGGAUAAGGAUAUUGGACGCAAUGCCGAACUGAGCUUCUAUCUGGCCACACAGACACAAGACUUUACCAUUGACACAAGAAACGGAUUCAUCAAGACCCUACGAUCUUUUGAUCGGGAAGCAUUGGUCAGCAAAAUGAAUGAUGAAGAUCGGCGAACUGGCGGUGGAGAUGGCAAUGUAAAUUAUCUAAUACUGGAUGCCAUUGUCCGAGAUAAUGGACAGCCGCAGCGGUUUCAAGACAAAGUCAAGGUCAAGGUGAUCAUCACAGAUGUCAAUGAUAAUGCUCCAGAAUUUCUGCGUGGUCCCUAUCAUGUCACACUGUCGGAAGGAUCACCGGAGGGUACACACAUUAUACACAUCUUCACCCAGGAUGCAGAUGAGGGUCUCAAUGGCGACGUCUACUACUCUCUAUUUAGUGGCAAUGAGGGUGGGCACUUUAACUUGGACAGUGCCACAGGUCAAUUGAGUUUGGCCCGCCAUUUGGAUAGAGAGUCUCAAGAUUUGCAUGUCCUAACAAUUGUGGCCAGGGAUGCUGCUUUGGUUCAACCUCUCAGCUCGAAUACUACCAUCACGAUUGUGGUUUUGGAUGAGAAUGACAAUGCCCCCGAGUUCACCCAAUCGAGCAGUGAGGUUUCCGUUCCGGAGACCAGUCCUAUCGGCACCGAACUGAUGCGUUUUCGUGCCAGUGAUGCGGAUCAAGGAUUGAAUAGUCAGGUGGUGUUUAGCAUAACAGCGGGUAAUCGUCGCGACACCUUCCACAUUGACAGCAUUAGCGGCAGUUUGUAUCUACAUAAGUCGCUGGACUAUGAGGAUAUCACCAGAUAUUCUCUAAACAUAACUGCCUCCGACUGUGGUACUCCAUCACUGUUCACUACUCUACUCUAUAAUGUUCUGAUUGUGGAUGAUAAUGACAAUGCUCCCGUUUUUCCAAGCACCGCAAUUGUUCGACAAAUCAAGGAGGGAAUAGCCCUAAAGACGCCAAUAGUCACAGUAACGGCAGAUGAUCCCGAUUCGGAGUUAAAUGGCAAGGUCACUUAUGCCAUUAGCAAGCAGGAGCCAACUGAAGAGCGCACAGGAGGUGGAAGACAUUUUGGUAUCAAUACCGAGACAGGUGUCAUUUAUACUUUGCGAGAAAUUGAUCGAGAGUCGAUUGACACCUUUCGCCUCACAGUGGUGGCCACCGACAGAGCAUUGCCGCCACAGCAUCAGUUGUCCACGGCCAAAUUGGUCACCGUCAUUGUGGAGGAUAUCAACGAUAAUGCUCCGAUUUUUGUCUCAAUGAACGCAGCUAUUUUGCCCAUCAGUGGCGGGAAUGUGAUGCAAGUGUUGGCUCGUGAUGCCGAUUCCUCAAGCAAUGGCCUGGUCACCUAUGAGAUCGUAGGAGGUCAGCACGAUCAUUUUCAACUGCAACGCAACACCGGGCAUAUAACGUUCCGUCCUCCAAGUUCAGCCGCUCCACGGGAAAUUCGCUAUCAGUUGGCCUUAAAAGCCACCGAUGAGGCAGUCCAGAGCGAACGCAAAAGUUCAGAGACAUAUAUAACGAUCAUAACUCCCGGAAAUACCGGACAGGAUGUACCCGUAUUCGAGCAACAUGAUGCCAUCUUUGGGUCGGUGUAUGAGAAUGAACCCAUUGGCACCAGCAUAUUGACGGUGACAGCGCAUCUGGAGGGCACCGAGAUCGAGUACUACAUGACCAACGUAACAAGUGAACCCGGAUCGUCGGGGCAAGUGGAUCGUCUCUUUGAUAUUGAUGCCAAAUUGGGAAUAUUAUCGACAGCAGUCGAAUUGGAUCGUGAAGCUGGUUUCGAUAACUACGAAGUGGAGGUCUAUGCCAUCGCAUUGGGUGGACAGCCGCGUACAGCGCACACAAAGGUCAAAGUGACCAUUUUGGAUAAGAACGAUAGUCCACCCGAAUUCCUGGAUAUGCCAUUUGCUUUUAAUGUCAGCGAGGAUCUUGAAAUUGGACACACCAUUGCCACAAUAAGAGCCCAAGAUCCGGACACUUUGGGAUCAAUCACCUUCUCGCUAGUCAGCGGUCAUAAUGGAAAAUUCCUAUUGGAGCCGACAACAGGAAAUCUGAUAUUGAACGAUACAUUGGAUCGCGAAACAAAGAGUAAAUAUGAUGUACGGAUUCGAGUAAGCGAUGGUGUUCAAUAUACAGAAACUAAUAUAAUUAUCGAAGUCAACGACACCAAUGAUAAUCCCCCCAUGUUCGAUGAGACUGUUUACUCCUUUGACAUACCAGAGAAUGCUCCAAAAGGCUUUCAAGUGGGCCAAGUGGUGGCCACAGAUAACGAUCUUGGUCAGAAUGGUCUAGUGUCAUAUACAGUGGUGUCCGAUUGGGCCAACGAUGUAUUCAGCUUGAAUCCGCAAACGGGAAUGCUGACACUGACAGCUCGUUUGGACUAUGAAGAGGUGCAACAUUACAUAUUACUUGUACAGGCUCAGGAUAAUGGUCAGCCCAGUCUAUCGAACACAAUUACAGUCUAUUGCAAUGUCCUUGAUUUGAACGAUAAUGCACCUAUUUUCGAUCCGAUGAGCUACUCAAGCGAAAUAUUUGAAAAUGUUCCCAUAGGCAUGGAGGUGGUAACUGUAUCCGCCAAGGACAUUGACUCGGGUAACAAUGGCCUCAUUGAGUACACCAUAACUGCCGGGGAUGACAAAAAUGAGUUUGACAUCAGCAGCAACGGAACUAUACGUACUCGCAGGCAGUUGGAUCGGGAACAGCGUGGUUCCUAUACGCUAACAGUUACUGCUCGUGAUUGUGCCGAUGAAAUGGCCUCGUUCAACGAAAUCGAAGAGACACAGCUGAAACUAAAGUAUCGUUCACCUCGACGGUAUCACCAUCAACUUGUAACGCCUCAGCAAGAGCAGCAGCAAUACUUCUUGGCUCAUCAGAAACAACAGCGACUAUCAUCGACGGUGCAGGUAACGAUCCUGAUCAAAGAUGUCAAUGACGAAGCGCCUGUAUUUGUUUCCGCAAACGAGACGUCGGUCAUGGAGAAUGUGUCCAUUAAUACGGUUGUAAUGGCAGUUAAAGCAGUCGACUACGACGAGGGACGAAAUGGCUACAUUGACUAUUCGCUCAAUACCGACCAAGCAAAUGCCGAUAGCAAUGACAACGACCUUCCAUUCUCACUUAAUCCCACCGAUGGACUGUUGCGCGUAGUUAAUGCAUUGGAUCGCGAAUUGUGCUCCAGCUAUGUUCUGAAUAUAACGGCACAGGAUCGCGGGGAACCGCCCCAAUCGACCACUACUCGACUGCUGAUUAGAAUUCUUGAUGAAAAUGACAAUAGUCCAGUGUUUGAUCCCAAACAGUAUUCCGCAUCGGUGGCCGAGAAUGCAAGCAUUGGAGCCAUGGUGUUGCAGGUCUCUGCCACGGAUGUGGAUGAGGGAGCCAAUGGAAGAAUUCGAUACUCCAUACUGACGGGAGAUCAGAACCAUGACUUUAGCAUCGGGGAGGAUACGGGUGUGGUGCGUGUGGCCAAGAACCUAAACUACGAGCGAAAGGCCCGUUACACACUCACAGUGCGUGCUGAGGAUUGUGCCAUAGAGAAUAGUGCUAGCGAUGUGGCAGAGCUGACCAUAAGUAUACUUGAUAUCAACGAUAAUCGACCCACUUUCCUCGAUUCGCCCUAUUUGGCACGGGUCAUGGAGAACACGGUGCCGCCAAAUGGUGGCUACGUACUCACUGUAAAAGCCUACGAUGCAGACACACCGCCGCUCAAUUCCCAAGUGCGUUAUUUCCUCAAGGAGGGUAAUUCGGAUCUGUUUCGCAUCAAUGCAUCGACGGGUGAAAUAUCACUGUUAAAACCACUGGAUCGUGAAUCGCAGAGUGAAUACAUCUUGACCCUGGUGGCCAUGGACACAGGCUUGCCCCCUCUAACAGGCAGUGGAAUUGUGCGGGUUGAGGUACAGGAUAUUAAUGAUAAUGGGCCGGUCUUUGAGCUUAACUCGUAUCAUGCGAGUAUCGAGGAGAAUCUACCUGUGGGCACUGUCGUCUUGCAGCCAAAGGCCACUGACAAGGAUGAAGGGCUAAAUGCCAAACUACGUUUCAACCUGUUAGGUGAGCAUAUGACUCGGUUCCACAUCAACACGGACACAGGCGAAAUUACAACUGCGGCUCUCUUGGAUCGCGAAGAAACAGACACUUACCGAUUGACACUUAUGGCCCAGGAUAGUUCAAUUACCGAACCGCGGGCCACAUCUGUCAACCUGACCAUAAAGGUUGUGGAUGUCAAUGACAAUGUGCCCCAAUUUGAUUCGAGCAAUUACAAAAUCGCAGUACCCGAUAAAAUGGGUCCGGACAGAUUUGUGUUUGGCGCCAAAGCUUUGGACUUGGACGAAGGUGUGAAUGCAAGAGUUCAAUACAAGCUAAAAGGCCAAGAUGAGCAAUAUUUUAUUGUCAAUGAAAAAACGGGUGUUAUUAAAACUAAAAUGCAAUUGGAGUCUGGUACGGUCUAUUCGAUCAACAUUCAUGCCAUGGAUCAAGGAGAAAUGCCGCAAUCCUCGAUGGCUCAAUUGACAAUAAUGCAGCGACCUGUCGAACUAUUUCCAGUCUACUCAUAUAUGGCAAAGACUCAGUUCACUUUGUCGGAGGAUGUGCCACCUGGAAAAAUGAUUGCCAAAGUGUCGGCCACUUCGCCGAAGAAAGGAGCAAUGCGUUAUGCCAUAGCUGGGGGAAACUUAGGCAAUGCCGUAAACGUAGAUCCGACAAGCGGAGCUCUUACUGUUGGUAAAGAUGGUCUGGACUAUGAAUUGGCCCAUCAAUAUGAGAUCUGGGUGGAGGCUUCUGACUCUGACAUUAAGCCAAGUCUGCGCAGUGUGAUGUCCUUGACUAUCAAUGUGAGCGACGCCAAUGAUAAUCCUCCCAUCACGGAGAAACUCAUCUAUAAUGUCGAAGUGCUGGAGGAGGAGUCGCCACCGCAAAUGAUUGUGGUAAUCAAGGCCAGUGAUCGCGAUUCAGGCGAUAAUGGUGAAAUAAGCUAUAGGCUGAAGAACGAUUACGAAGGGACUUUUGAAAUAAACGAGGAUUCUGGCGAGAUUUACACUACGAUGCGCCUAGAUCGUGAAGAAUUGGCAGAUUAUGCUUUGGUCGUUGAGGCAGUGGAUCAGGGUGUGCCCCAACUGACGGGUACGGCUAGUGUGAUGAUCCAUUUACUUGACAAGAACGACAAUCCACCGAAGUUUACUCGAUUAUUUUCUCUGAAUGUGACGGAAAAUGCAGAACUUGGCAGUUUCGUCAUCCGGGUCACAUCCUCUGAUCUAGAUCUUGGAGCGAAUGCGAAUGCUAGUUAUACAUUUAGCGAGAAUCCUGGAAACAAGUUCAAGAUUGAGCCUCAAAGCGGGAACAUAACAGUGGCUGGACAUCUGGAUCGAGAGCAGCAGGAUGAAUACAUUCUGAAGGUUGUUGCCUCCGAUGGAGCUUGGCGGGCGGAGACACCCAUUACUAUCACCAUACAAGAUCAAAACGACAAUGCCCCGGAGUUUGAGCACAGUUUUUAUAGCUUUAGUUUCCCCGAAUUGCAGCAUGCGGUGGCCUUUGUGGGACAGAUCAUAGCUACGGAUCGGGAUAAACAGGGACCCAAUUCGGUUAUCUCGUAUUCGUUGCAACAGCCAUCUCCAAUGUUUUCCAUCGAUCCAGGCACUGGUGAAAUAUUCAGCAAGAAGCGCAUCGAAUACAAGCGGUCCCAUGAGGAGAAUAUUUAUGCACUUACCAUCUUGGCCACCGAUAAUGGAAAGCCCCCGCUUUAUUCGGAGUGCAUGGUCCAGAUCACUAUUGUAAACUCAAACAAUAGUCCGCCGAAGUUCGAGCAGGCCGAAUAUCUUUCGCCGCUUCCGGAGCACGCACGUCCGGGUCAACGUAUUGUACGUGUUCAUGCCACCGAUAACAAGAAGGACUCAGGCAGUAACAACGAGAUUGACUAUGCCCUGGUUAGUGCAAAUCAAAGUGCCUAUUUUGGCAUUAAUAAGCACGAUGGCUGGAUAACAUUGGCCAAGCCUCUGCUGGACGUCUUGCCCAAUUCACGAUUCGAGCUCACUGUUAAGGCUAUUGAUCGUGGAGUUCCACCAAAAUCAGAUCAGACCCGUGUUGUCAUUAUCGUUACGGGUGAGAACCGUCAUACGCCAGAAUUUUCGGCACGUAGGUAUCAAGUUAUUGUGCCAGAAAAUGUACCUAUUGGCUCCACAAUAAUUACAGUGGUUGCUACGGAUCCAGAUUUGGGACCAAACGGCAUUUUACGCUUUGGCAUUUCUGGUGGCAAUGAGCGACAGGACUUUAGUGUGAAUGAACAAACGGGUGCCAUAAUAAUACAACACGCUCUCGACUACGACCUUAUUCAGGAGUAUCAUCUAAAUAUAACUGUCAGAGAUCUUGGCUUCAAAUCGUUAACCGACACGGCCAUCCUAACGAUCAUAUUAACCGAUGUAAAUGAUAAUCCCCCAGUAUUCAAUCAAACUGAAUAUCAUAGCUACAUUGCCGAAAACAAGCCAACAGGCACAUUCGUCUUCCAAGCCCAUGCCACGGACAAGGAUUCACCCAAGAAUGCUAUCAUUCAGUAUGCAUUCCUUCCAAGCGGCACAGAUCGUCACUUCUUCAGUGUGAAUUCUACCACUGGAAUAAUAUCAUCGGCAGCCAUCUUCGACUAUGAGGAGCGACGCACUUACACACUUCAACUGAAGGCCAAAAAUCCCGACUCAACGAUGGAGAGCUAUGCCACUUUGUAUAUUCAUAUUCUCGGAGUCAACGAAUUCUACCCACACUUCUUGCAACCCGUUUUCCAUUUCGAUGUCUCUGAGACUUCCCCGAUAGGCUCAUCGGUAGGUGCCGUCCAAGCCACAGACAAGGAUAUGGGUGAAGAUGGUCGAGUUUACUAUCUGCUUGUGGGUUCUAGCAAUGAUAAAGGAUUUGGCAUUAAUACGAACACAGGAGUGCUGUUUGUUUCGCGGCACUUGGAUCGCGAAACCCAGAAUCGGGUGGUGCUGACUGUUAUAGCCAAGAACUACGGCAGUAUUCGAGGCAAUGAUACGGAUGAGGCACAAAUAAACAUCUCCAUACAAGAUGGCAACGAUCCGCCUGAGUUUAUUAAACGAUUCUAUACAGCGAGUAUAUCGGAAGCAACUCCAAUUGGCAGUAAGGUCACUACAGUCAAGGCUAUAGAUAAGGAUGUACGACUGCAGAAUAACCAAUUCAGCUACUCCAUAAUUAACGGAAAUCUCAAUCAGAGUUUCCGCAUAGAUGCACAUUCGGGAGAGAUUAAAACUGCAGCUCUGUUGGAUCGUGAAUCUAUAGCCCAUUAUAAUCUGAUUAUAGGAGCAAUUGACACGGGUCUGCCGCCACAAACAGGCAGCGCUGAGCUUACAAUUACCAUCACGGAUGUAAAUGACAAUGGACCCACUUUUGCACCAGAGGCUCUUCAAGGCUAUAUAGCUGAAAACGAACCGCCUGGAACAUCAAUCAUGACCCUCGCUGCCACUGAUCCAGACUUACCGCAUAACGGAGGACCCUUCACAUAUUAUUUGAAGGGAGGUCCACACAAGUCAUGGCUAAGUAUUGACAAAGUAACUGGAUUAGUUAAGUCUACUACUAGCUUUGAUCGUGAAGCUACACCCACUCUGGAGGUCAUUAUUGAAGUGGAGGACAGCGGGAAACCACCGCUAAGAGCCACACAUACUUUAAUCAUAAAUGUUCUGGAUCAGAAUGACAAUCCGUCGUCAUCUCGGAAUGUUCAGGUGCUUGUUGGUAUCUUUAAUGGUGAAUUACCUGUCAAUAUCAAACUGGCCGACAUACAUCCCAACGACUUGGAUCUGGUGGGCGAUUACAAUUGCCGCUUGCAAUCUCAGGGUCAAGUUCAAUUGAUUAUUCCGCGUGCCUGCGAUUUGUAUUCCACUUCCCAGACAUCUCCAAUGGAUGCUACAUUCAGCUACACUGGCAACGAUGGUAAACAUGGCGAUGUGAAUUCAAAGCUAACCGUCGACUAUCAACACUUCGACAACCUGACACUAGUCAAUACGGUAUCCAUCAUGGUGCGAAAUAUGACAGCGUCUCAGUUCCUGGCACACUACUACCGAUCUUCGCUGGAGAUGCUGAAAUCACGCUUCACUGAGGACAUAUUCAUUUACAGUUUAGUCGAUAAUCCUGGUAACUUUAGCAGUCUAGAAGUUCUUUUGGCGGUGCGUUCUUCGAAGCUGAAUUACAAGCCAUCGCGUCAGGUUAUCGAUCGCCUGCGUGAGAAACGAUCAACACUCUCUGAAUUGCUACAAAAGGAAGUAAUCAUCGGCUAUGAGCCCUGUAAUGAUGAGCCCGGCCUCUGCGGAAAUGGUGGACUAUGCACCUCCGACUUUCGUUUGACCGAUGAUCGGCAGAGCUAUCGCAUCAUUGAUAGCCCGACAAUGGUUUUGAGUGGGCCUCGCAUUUUCCAUGAAUACAAUUGUCGUUGCUCCGAUGGUUUCUCCGGCGAACAGUGUCACAGGCGACAGGAUCCCUGCCUGCCCAAUCCCUGUCAGAUGCAAGCCCAAUGCCGUCGUUUGGACAACGACUAUCAGUGUGUGUGUCCGGCCAAUAGGGAUGGCAAGCAAUGUCAACGGGAGCGAAGUGAUGUUUGCUUGGGCAAACCCUGUCACAAUGGCGGCAGCUGCCAGCGAAGUCCAGAUGGAUCCUCGUACUUCUGCCUCUGCAGACCUGGCUACCGAGGCAACCAAUGCGAAAGCGCGGCCGAUUCAUGCCGUCCCAAUCCCUGUCUACAUGGUGGUUUGUGUGUCAGCCUGAAACCUGGCUACAAGUGCAGUUGCACGUCUGGACGUUAUGGACGUCACUGCGAGCGUUUCAGCUACACCUUUGAGACGCUCUCCUUUAUGACUUUCCCGGCUCUGGAUGUCACAACCAAUGAUUUAUCCAUUGUGUUUGCCACAACUAAGCCAAAUGCACUUUUGCUUUACAACUAUGGCUUUCAAAGCGGUGGACGAUCAGACUUCAUAGCACUCGAACUAUUCGACGGACGUGCCCAGUUCUUGUCGGGUGGAGCUCGCACUGCCAUCAGCUCUGUUUCGACGGGCAAGAACCUCUCAGAUGGAAAUUGGCAUAAGAUAACCGCUACCCGCAAUGGCCGUGUCAUGUCUUUGAGUGUGGCCAAGUGCUCUGAAGAUGGAGAUGUAUGUGCCGAGUGCUCGCCAGGCGACUAUAAUUGCUAUGCAGACACAGUUGGUCCCGUGGGCACUCUUAACUUUAACAAACAACCGCUUUUCAUUGGCGGCUUAGCCUCUGCGGAUCCUGUCUUGGAGCGUCCUGGGCAAGUGCAUAGUGACGACUUCGUGGGAUGCCUGCAUAGUGUCCAUAUAGCAGGACGGGCUUUGAACCUUAGCACACCACUCCAGCAAAGCGGCAUUCGAGCUGGUUGCCAUCGUCAAAUGUGUCAGCCUGCUUUAGCCAGUGAGCGCUGUGGGGAAGUGGGCCGUUGCAUCGAUCGCUGGUCAAGUGUGUUGUGUCAAUGCGCCGGCAAGGGCCAAUUGCAAUCACCGGAUUGUAUAGAGUCCCUUGAAGCAGUCACUUUAAGUGGUGGCGCUUAUCUAGAGUUCAAAAUCUCCGAACUGCAUCGUCGUAUGCAACUACUUGACAAUUUCUAUAGCAAAAACAAUGCCUGGUCAAUGGGCAGUGGCCUAAUGCGACAAAGGAGGAGCCACAAUAUAACCGCAGCUUCGCAAAUCUAUGAAUCACCUAGAAUGCUUAGUCUUAUGUUCCGUACUUACAAGUCACAUGGAUUGAUUCUCUAUUCGGCUACCAAUCAAAUGUUUACAUCGCUUUCUCUUAACAACGGAAAGCUGGCCUAUUACUCCAGGAAUCAUUUGAUUAUCAACAUGACAGUAGAAUCAGAGAAGCCCCUUAACGACGGACGAUGGCACAAUGUAAGUCUACUGAGUGAGAGUCGCAGUCUACGCGUAAUCAUCGAUGGACAACGCGUGGGUGACGAACUAGACAUUGCCGGAGUGCAUGAUUUUCUAGAUCCCUAUCUGAGCACUCUCUCUCUUGGUGGCGGUGCACCAUUAAUGGUCGACGAAUCGAAAGUUUUCAGUGGUUGCAUAGCAAACUUCACCAUAAACAAUGAGCUGCAGCCACUGAAUGGAUCUGGCAGCAUUUUCCCAGAGGUCCGUCAGCAUGGAAAAGUGGAGUUGGGAUGUAGUCGAGACAAUGGCAUCGAUGCCGCACAGGUAGCCGAUCCUUUAAGUAUAGGCUUCACCUUGGUCAUUGUAUUCUUUGUGAUUCUGGUGGUGGCAAUCUUGGGUUCAUACGUCAUUUAUCGCUUCCGUGGAAAGCAGGAAAAGAUUGGAAGCCUUAGUUGCGGAGUGCCUGGUUUUAAGAUCAAACAUCCGGGUGUCUCUUUGCCUCCUCAAGCCCAAGUUGACCAUGUGUUGGCCACAAGAAAUUUGCAUACCACAGAUGCCCCAGCCCCGCCUGCCAGUGACCCAGCUCAGCACCUGCGACCGUCUAGCCAUCAUCUUGUCGGUGUUGGGUCAGAGCAUUUGACGAAAAAGUUCAAGGAAUUGCCCCCAAGUGCCCGGCCAGAUAUAAUUGAAAGAGAAGUGGCACCGCCAAACCCUCAUCCCCUACACCCUGGUCUCAUCGAUCAUGUUUCUAGUUCUGUGGACUUGGGCUCAGAAUAUCCGGAGCACUACGACUUGGAGAAUGCCAGCUCCAUUGCGCCAUCCGAUAUUGACAUUGUGUAUCACUACAAGGGCUAUCGUGAGGCCGGAGGCAUGCGAAAAUACAAGGCUACCUCACCACCGUCCGCCUAUACGCACCACAAGCAUCAAAAUGCUGCCAACCAGCCACAGCAGCACUGUCAUUCGCCACGCACACGUGCCCCUCCGUUUGUGCCGCCCAGUCAGAGUCAGGGUGUGCCAUCGUCUACAAGUGUCUCACGUAGCACGCAUCAGAGUACUCCGCUGGCCCGUUUAUCGCCCAGCUCUGAGUUGAGUUCCCAGCAGCCGCGAAUUCUGACUUUGCACGACAUCUCUGGCAAACCAUUGCAGAGUGCUCUGCUGGCCACCACAUCGACCAGUUCAGGCGGAGUGGGCAAAGAUGUCCUGCACAGCAAUAGCGAACGCAGCCUAAACAGUCCGGUUAUGUCCCAUCUAUCUGGUCAAACUGGCGGAGGAGUCCCGCCACCACAGGUUGCACCACCUCCCACUGUAGCCAUGGGUCUGACUGCCGAAGAGAUUGAACGACUGAACGCACGGCCCCGCACAACAUGUAGCCUGGUGUCUACCCUAGAUGCUCACAACAUCGAUGUGGACGCCCAUAGUUCUACCUCGACGGAUGAGAGCGGCAACGAUAGCUUUACUUGCUCAGAGAUUGAGUACGACAACAACAGUCUGAGUGGCGAUGGCAAGUACUCAACCAGCAAGAGCAGUAUCCUGGAUAGUCGCAGCCCGGUGGCACGAGCCCUCAGCGGUGGUGAGACGAAUCCUCGGAAUCCCAGCAGCGUGAAGACCCCGAUACCAGCUCAUGCCUACGAUGGCUUUGAGUCUUCGUUUCGCGGAUCGCUUAGCACACUGGUGGCUAGUGAUGAUGAUCUCACUAACCAUCUGAGUGGCAUUUAUCGCAAGGCAAAUGGUGGCAAUGGAGCAGCUUCGCCAUCGGCCACCACUUUGGGCUGGGAAUACCUCCUCAACUGGGGUCCAAGCUAUGAGAAUUUGAUGGGCGUCUUCAAGGAUAUCGCCGAACUACCAGAUACAACAACAACUUCUCAGCAGCAACAACAGCAGCAGCAACAGCAAUCCCCCCAGCAGGCCGCAUCCACGUUGCCCCUUCGAAUACCCGCCAACAAUAACAAUGUAAAGAAAGCACCUCCCGAGGAGUAUGUGUGAGAGGAAUACUAGAAAAUACUCGUAAAUACGUAUAAAAAUCUAUAUGUGUAAAUUUUAAUGUGUAAUAUUGUAAUAACUUUUCCCUAUACACACAUAAGUUAAGUUAAGUAAUGCCAUUUGAAUUUCGGAAUGUACAACGAAAACGUAUCUGUAUUUAGUACAACUUACAAUUGCAACGCCUUGUAUCAAGGCCAAAGUAACAGCAACUAACUAAACGCAUCAUUUUGACUGAUUUGAAUGCAUGCAUUUUUAGCCAACAUUUGUCAUUUCGUUCGAUAGCUAAUAGGUUUUUCCCCCUUUUUGUGUAAAUUUGUGCUAUAUUAUGAUAAUAGUAUGGACUAUAUUUAUUUGCCAUUUAAGUACCUACAUUUUAAUAAAUCCAUAAUUUCUAACUUAUUGACCUAAGCCCUCACCUCAUGACAGCUCGUUUACACAAAAAUCUACUAAAGAUCCAAUAAAGUUUACAAUUUUCAUUUACAAAUUA